UCUGAUUGGCGGUUCACUAAGCCCGAUCAUGGCUGCCUCCAGUAGUACAGGUCUGGUUCUGAAGUCAGUGAAGAAGGUUGUAGUUCGGUUUUGCCCUUUCGAGGUUAAUGUCCGUUCUGCAAGAGAAUUUUUGGAAAGUAUUAACGCAAAAAAAGUACGUUCUACCAAUAUUAACUGUGAGAUAACCGCAGACGUGAGGCAUGAUAAAUCUGAGCCAGCUGUAGAUAUUCUGUUUGCUGAUGGAGAAAGAAUGGUCAUGAAAACUGCAAAUCUGACUACCAAGGAAAUGUUGACGGCUUUGAAGUCUAAAUGUGUUUCUAAAGACCUUCAAGCUAAAGAGAACAUAAAGAAGUAGACCCUAUGGAUUCCUUUAUCCUCUAUCAUUAGAGUACAGUGUUAGCAGGCUAAUGCUUACUUGUUUAAAGUAUUUCUUUUCCUGAUAUGUUCAAAUUACAAAUGAUCUUUCAGAUGCAAAUAAAAAAAGUUCAUGUUUUUUCUAUUA